GAACUAUAUUUAGGGACGAAAACAUUAAAUCAGAACAAUUUGUAACAGAAGGAAAGAAUUUUGGAGCUGAGCAAGCGGGUGAGGAACAGGAGAAUAGGAGGGGUUAGAAGAAAGGAAUUUGCAUUUCAUAAGAGCUUUGACCAAUGAAAUUGUACUGGGCGUGGUUAUGGUGAUUGGAGCUUUUGCAGGGAGCAUGCGUCCAUGAGCGGGUAACAAAGCAGAUUGCCAGUCACAUUAUUUGCUGGUAGCCAGAUCAGGGCACAUCUGCUGGAAAGCUUUGAAGCUGGAUUGUACUAUCUGAGAGCUGAGAUCGUUGCAGGCUCUGAGUGACACGCACAAUCGCUGGGUUUGCACAUACAAAAUCGUGGAAUUUAAGAUCAGAUUGAGCUGUGUGAGCCCCUCUUCUGCUGAGAGCCGAUACCGAAUGUAGACAUCUGGGACCCUCUUUAACUUGAUAUUUAUAACUGGUGUUCUUGAACAUUUGGAUGCCCAAAAAAUACCACCCUGCCUCUCCCACCGCCACUCCCUGCAGCUCCUGAAAUGAACAAACUGCGUCAGAGCCUGCGGAGAAAGAAGCCGACGUAUGUCCCUGAAGCCAGUAGGCCGCACCAGUGGGGAGCAGAUGAGGAGGCUGUGAGAAGGGGAAAAUGCAGCUUUCCUGUGCGGUACCUUGGACAUGUGGAAGUGGAGGAGUCGAGGGGAAUGCAUGUGUGCGAGGAUGCUGUGAAGAAGCUGAAAACACUUGGGAAGAAAUCUGUGAAAGCUAUCCUCUGGGUUUCUGCUGAUGGGCUGCGUGUUGUGGAUGAUAAAACUAAGGACCUGAUAGUGGAUCAGACCAUCGAGAAAGUUUCAUUUUGUGCUCCUGAUCGCAACUUUGACAAAGCCUUUUCUUACAUUUGUCGCGAUGGAACAACCCGGCGCUGGAUCUGUCACUGCUUUAUGGCCUUGAAGGACUCUGGAGAACGUUUGAGUCACGCUGUUGGCUGUGCUUUUGCUGCUUGCCUGGAACGAAAACAGAAAAGGGAAAAGGAGUGUGGGGUCACAGCUUCAUUUGAUGCCAGUCGAACUAGUUUUGCCCGUGAGGGAUCAUUCCGUGUUACAUCUGCCUCCCAGCAGGCUGAACGUGAAGAAGUGAUGAGGCAACUUCAAGAUAAGAAGAAGGCUGAAGCUGCUCCUUCUCUCACCUCCAGUAUACCAGCUGUAGGUGCACCAUCAAAUCCAGUACUGCCAGCACAGCCUGACCAGUCACCACCCCAGUGUGCCACAGUCCCAUCAGAGAAGAGUGAGACUGGUGGGCAGCAUGCUAUUCCUCGCAGACAUGCUCCCCUGGAACAGCUGGUGAGACAGGGAUCCUUUCGUGGUUUCCCUGCCCUCAGCCAAAAGAACUCACCUUUUAAACGACAACUUUCACUGAGACUCAAUGAGCUCCCUUCCACCCUUCAAAGGAAAACCAAUUUCCAGGACAAGAGUCAAGUCAUUGAACUGGAAUCUUCAAUGCACCCAGAUUCUGAUGGAAUCAAUGAUCUGUGCAACCAAAUCAACAGCUCCUUCGCAAACAAGCCCUCUGAGGAUCCCUUUGCAAAUAGCAAUGGGACUAGAACACCUAGCACAGGUCCAGCGGCCCCCCUUCCACCACAACCAAUGCAAGGGAUCUCAGGGUGGGCAGAACAAACUAGUACAUCAGCAGCUGCUGUGGGCUUCCAGAUGGGACAUCGCCGAACCCCAUCUGAAGCGGAACGCUGGCUUGAGGAGGUUGCAAAGGCAGCUAAAGCCCAACAGCAACAGCCACCCCCUCAGCCUAUGGUGGCUGUGCCGAUGCCUGUACCGGCUGCUGUGCAGGCAUACCCUGUAUCUUAUGAUGCUGCAACUGCACCUGUUGGCAUGUUUAUUACACCUCAUAUGCAGGCUGCUUAUGUACCUGUAGCUGGUUAUAAUCCCACCAUGUCCUACCCUGCACCGAGUGUCCCAGUGGUGGGGAUCACUCCAUCUCAGAUGGUGGCCAAUGUUUUCUGCUCUGCUACCCAAGUGCCAUCUACUAACCUAGCAAAUAAGUCCAACCCAUUCCCUCAGAGUAUCCUGCAAACAUCCAAUGCCUCAGCCCAACCUAGCCAGAUGGGACCCAAGCCAAAUGGCACAGCUAAUGGAACAUCAUGGCCCCCAGAUCCAAGCCAACUAAGGCUAGCAUCUACUGCACAGGAAGUGGACCAGUUUGAAGCUCAGUGGGCAGCACUGGAGUCAAAGUCUCAACAGCGAUUGGCUAAUCCUUUUUCUAAUGAACUACAAAAGACUUUUCAAAUAGAAUUGUAGCCAACAUAUCAUCCCAGUGUGAUGUAAAGUCAGGAGUAACUGCCAGAACAUGCCUGCCCAGCAAGAGUCUGCCAACAGGACUAUUCAUACACAGCCAUUCAUCAGAUACAUAUUUAGCAAGUCUGCUGGAUGCCAAAUUAGAAACCAUAGGGUGAUGUAUGUGACUUAAGAGCAAAUGGAAACACCAUUGUCAGCACUGACGUUCUGUUCUGAUGAUUAUAAUGGGAAUAUACCAAGCUCAAAAUGGAUAUAGAAUCUGGUAGAUACUCUUAAAACAUACUAAGAGCCUGAUUUGUUUGCAAUAUACAUGAGUAAAGGAAAUUUUUAUGGGCAA